AUGGAGAGGAGUGAAGAGGAGAAGGGGAAUGGUCGGGCCAAAAAUUCAAAUUUUUUGGGUGGGAGAACUCGAUUAGCAGCAAGACAGCUUGUAGCAGGCGAUUCAGGGAGCCCUUUGGAGGGGGAGAGUUUAGAUGGUAAGGAACCCAAUGCCCAUUUGGAUUCGAGGGACCCAGAUCAUGUGGGGAGAGGAUUGAAUUUAGGGAGCCCUAUCGAGGGAAUAGAAUCUCAUGGGAAGGAUCUUGAGGCUCCUUUGAAUUCGGGGAACCUAGAUGGGGGGCCCAAUUCAAGCGGACCUAUUGGUAAAUGGUCUUCUUUGUUUGGUAUCAAACCCAAAGAACAAGCCAAGGAGUUGCCCGAUGGAAUUAUGCAGUUGAAAGGAAACAAGAUCCCUAAAGGGUUGGUUUCAUUGGAGCGUCUGUUUGAUCGUCAUGACGCCUACAAGAAGAACAAAGGUGAUAAAUCCCCUGAGGUUCAGGAUAUUUUAGGCUACAGGAAGAUCAACAUCGAUAAAUCGCUCCAAGAGUCUCUGUUGAAAACAUUUCAUGACGAAGCCUAUGGCGACCAUUUCUCAUCAAUAGUGACUGCUUACAAGAUUUUGAGGAAUUGUUAUUAUUGGCCAUGGAUGUUCAGGGAUGUGUAUGCAUGGGUAGCGAAGUGUGAGAAAUGUAAGUUGUUCACAGGUAAGCCACAAAUUGCAGCAUUACCACUCCGACCCUGGGUUGUUGAUGAACCCUUCAAACAAUGGGGUUUGGAUUUUAUAGGCCCUUGA